GGCGGCGCUGGCGCUCUCGGCUGCAGCACUUGGGAGACGUGUGGGUGGAAGCGAGCGACGAUCCUGCUCCGGGAGACUUUUGCAAGAGCACUCAUGGCUGGUGAGAGCACUAGCCUCCCCUGGGCCGCUGCGCUGCUCCUGCGGAAGCUGGCCACAACAAACAAGGUGACCUCCUGCUAGCGGGUGCUACUGCCAUGCGCCAGCGCAGCGGCGGCGGCAGCAGCAGCAGCACCGGAGGACUGAGUCGUCAGGCGGGGGCAUCGUCGUCGACGGAAACGCGGCGGCAGCCCGCGGGCAUCAUCGGCUACCACGGAGGAGCACCAGGGCGAACACCAGCAGCAACACCACCACCACAGCCACCAGGGCAAGAGCAUGUCGUUCCUGUUCCGCUUCCACGACCUCAUCGGCGGCAUCCAUGUGCCUAUCGACGACGGCGUGGACAAGCUCAACCGCAAGUACACUCUUGUUGUUUUCCUCUUCCUGGCGCUGCCCAUCUUCACGCGGCAGUAUAUAGGAGAUCCUAUAGAGUGCUUCACGCCAACCUACUUCACGGACGCCCAAGCUCGCUUUGUCAACAGCUACUGUUGGACGGCAUCCACCUAUUACUUGGUGUCGGACACUGAAGACGAGGGGUUAGAGCCCCCUAGAGAACCACCCGAUCCACGUGUCCAACCUGAAGAAUUGGACUAUGCUGGUUUCGAGACGCCACCUGCCGGCGGUGCAGAGCGUCUGCGGCGCGUCCACGUGUCCUAUUAUCAGUGGGCCCCGUUGAUACUCCUGGUACAGGGUUGCUGCUUUCAUCUUCCGUUCGUGCUGUGGGGAGCGUGCGCACACAACGCGGGCGUUAAGCUGCGGCGGCUACUCAAGCGGGCCUCGGAUAUCGCCAGCCUGCCACCGGGUUGCCAGCAGCGGGAGGCCCUUCUGGCUGAGUUCGCCGAUCAGUUCCACACACUGGUGGCCGGCAGCGCGGGAUGCUGUGCCGACCCGGCCUGCGGUCUACCGCUUUCCUGCCGGUGCGUGGGCGGACCUACGCGUUACCUGUGCCUCCUGUACCUGCUCGUCAAGUCACUCUACGUGCUAAACGUGGGCCUGCAGUUUCUGCUGCUAACGGCGUUUCUCGGACGGGGCUUCCUGCGGCAUGGCUUUGAGCUAGCACGCCGGAUAGUUGCCGAUGGAGAUUGGUGGAACUCCCCUCGGUUCCCACUUCAAACCCUUUGUCAGGUGCGUGCUGCCCUGCAAGGGGGCCUGCGCACAUACCUGUGUCGCUGUGUACUGCCCAUCAACGUGUUCAACGAGAAGAUAUUUUCCGUGGUCUGGUUCUACCUGGCGCUGCUGCUGCCGCUCAACGUGGUCAGCCUGCUGCUGUGGCUGUGGCGCUGCUUCAGAUGCAACCGGUUCGCCUUCGUUCGGCUCUGCCUCUGGCGGACCCGUUUGGUGAGCCUUGGGGAGCUGUCGCGCGUCUCCCGCAAGAUCGCAGUCUCCUACCUGGGCUGGGACGGCGUGUUCGUGCUCCGCCUCAUCGAGAACAACCACGGCAGCGCCAUGGCCACCGUCAUCCUGGGCCGCCUGUACGACUUCUACGCCAAUCAGAUGAAGGCGCAGGACGACGGCUCCGAUGUCGAGUUGGGCCCCAUGCCUCCUUCGAUGGCGUCUCCACAGUCGGCUGGGGGUCUACACACCUGUCAUCCAGGCGCAUGCCACGUGGCGGCGGCUGCCGCGCCCUGCGUCCACCAGUUCGGCACCAGGCGCCCUAACGGCUAUUGGAGCAAGGGCUCGUGAUACACGGGCGGCCGCCGCGUCCCCACUCGCGCUGCACGUUCGCCCACGCCGUCGGACGAGUGGUGACCGGCGUUAACCCCCAGAGACAUUCGUAUCAUACGGACAUUCGGGGGGAAGGUUCUAGCCGCCUAGAAUGGAGCGCGUAGAGUCAGUUCAGUCCUAGGAAGAACAAUGCCUAUUCUAUUCUCUAUACUCCGACAAGCAAGAUACCUCUAUGAUCUAUAUUGGAUCUCUAUACUUCACCACACGAGGAGGAGAAGCUGGCGCUCGCGUUACAUUUGUUAUGUCCCAUUGGAACGGACGCGAUUGCAUGGUGCAAGACCACUGCCUUAUUGUUGACGGUUUCAAGCGGCAAUAAAAGCCCGUUGGAGCUACGUUGUUCAAAUUAUAUAUUCCUCAAAUGAGUCCUUUUAAAGGAACGCAUUAGCCUGUUUUACCCGACUAUGAUCAUACAAAAGUAAAUGAGGCUCCUGCAACGGUUCGUUAAAGUGCACAAAGCGUGACGAAAUAUACACGGUAUAAAUACACAAUAUCAUGUGUCCCCGCGAUAGGAAUUUUCCAAGCAGUUUCUGAUGACGUCACAGAGCCGAUUCUCUCAUAAGACCUAUUCGUCGGUCCCUAUUAAUGAGCGAUUACGUCAGGAGACGUUGGAUUAUUAUAUACUUGAGUCGUCUUGUAUCCACAAUGUAGAUUCAGCGAACUUCCAUUAACCGCUUGCGUGUAUAUGACAUGGGAGCGCUCGGCUGGAGUCAGCUCUUGCAUUUCAAUCGAGGCUCCCCACUCAAAGAGACCGCACGUUGAUGCGCCCGUUACGUUGUACAUUUAUAGCGUUUUCUAAGUAUUUCGCACAGGGCUGUACUACGCAGCGUUAUCAAUAAUUACGUAUUCAGUAUACGGCCCACCAAUCUCUUCCCGAGGAAGUCAUUGCAGAGUUAAAAUACCCCUAUUACACUAUAUCGCAGUCCGCUUGUCUUGCCACAGUGUCAGGAAAGUUCUAAAGCACAAAAUUGAGACCGGUUGCUCUUAAGCACCAUGUCGGAUGAAAUGCCGUCCCGAAUUAUACCAGACAUAACCAUGUUGAGCUGCCCUGUUGACUGAUCCAAAGGUUUUAUAAGCGAAAAAUUUGUACAGCAUAUGCCUGUGGAGCACAUAUAGGGAGUGUAGAAUGACCUUCAGUGACGCCAGCGCCACAUCUCUUUCCUCUGUAGUGCAGUGUCCUAGGUCUCUUAUAUACUACACAUACACGUAUAUGCAGUGGUGGGCGGGCCGUUGGUAGGGGCCUCGGGGCCCCCUGCGUGGAACACACUGCCCCGGGCUCGCCCGUCCUCCCAAACAGUCGGCAACUAUGCAACCGGAGGUCUCCUGCCACCGCCGCCUACCCGCCCUUUACGCCAGGCUUGGUAGUUGGCUAGAUGUCCCGUCGUUAUAUAGGAGCGCUAUCUCGACAAUAGAAUAUGGCAUGUAGUCGCGGAGGGUCGCUCCUUCAAUCAGCCUCCACCGCGCGCCAUUAUGUACAGUUUAUACGGGGAAAUUAAAGGAUUUUAGUUGUACUUGAUCGUCUUGGAUGACCCCACACUCAUCACUAAAGACAUGGACAUGAAUAGUUUAGUAAAUCGGGAAGCAACCCCCCUGUGUUCAACUAGGAUAACGCGCCGAGUCGGCGCACUGUAAAAAAAAAAAAAAAAGAAAAAAGAAAAAAAAAAGUGUACACGCUGGAGAAGCCAUGAGUCCGUGUUGUGACGUUCGAAAGCCUGGGAAAGCGCAGGGGUUGAAAAUGCCCUGACGAGAACCGUGUGUUCAGUGCACUGGCAGCAAUGGCUGCUUGGAACCUCAGGUGCCGAACUGAUGGUCGCUAUCGGUGAGUUCAGCGCGCGCAUAGUGUCCUCGCGUAGGGGUUCUGCUUUGGGUCGAACCAAACAUAUUUCAUCUUAUUUUCUCUCUCUCCCUCCUUUUUAUGAACUAUUUCCACGAUGCGGACGACGGAGCAAGAGGUUCCACGGAGCAACGACCACUCAAGGGGAGGGCUUUCGUGGUGUCGUCAGGUCUCGGUCGCUCAACGUGCCGCAGCCCACAUCGGCUUAUAAAGCAAGCAAGCAAUGCAACUCAAGCCGGGAAAAUUCCCCACCGAACGUUCCAGAGCGUAGGCCUCUGUAGGCAUCUGCGAUGCAAGCAGGAACUGUCACAUCUCUAUGCCCAGCCCAAACAACUCUUUGGGGCAUUGUGUUUGGCUACAUGAACAACCUGCCUUUUACGUCAUCAUUACGAACAUUAAUAUUGGAAUACUUCGACCCACCAGUGUACAAGCCCCUUUUUUUAAAGAAUUUGUAAAUAAACUAGCUCGUACAGCA